UAAUUUCCGCAUAUCAUAAUAUAUACAAACCAAAUUCCCUCUUUCUCUCUCCCUCCCCUCCUCAGUAAGCUUACGAAACUUCUUCUUCGCUUCUUCUCUGCAAAUGAAUCCCGAGAAACCUCCCAAACCCUUAUCUUUUUACCCUUUUUCACCUUCUUCUCCAUCACCAAACUAACGUUUCCGUACACAACGAACAAAAUCAAAGCAAUGGGUAAAGCUUCCAAGUGGUUCCGCAGCAUCCUCGGCUUCAAAAAAUCCGAACCCCAUAACCAACCUUCUUCUUCUUCAAAACCAACUUCCCAUAAAGACAAACGGCGUUGGAGUUUCGUCAAAUCGUACCGUGAAAAAGACUCCUCCACGAACAGUAGUAAUGGGAAGUUGCCGUCGUCUUCGCAGCAACUGAAAGACUCUGUUUCCUUCGUUGAAAGGAAAGGUGACAAUGAAGUAACGGAUCCUAGCAAGCACGCCAUCGCUGUUGCUGCCGCCACUGCCGCCGUUGCCGAAGCAGCCGUUGCGGCUGCUCAAGCUGCCGCUGCAGUGGUUAGGCUCACUAGUAACGGUGGUAGGUGCGCUCGUGAAUCGGCAGCGGUUCACGUUUGCAACAACAAUAGCUAUAUAGCACACGAAGAGUCAUCCGCCAUUAAGAUACAAUCUGCAUUUCGUGGAUACCUGGCAAGAAGAGCAUUGCGAGCACUAAAAGGAUUAGUGAGACUCCAAGCAUUGGUUAGAGGUCAUAUAGAAAGGAAGAGAACUGCAGAAUGGUUAAGAAGGAUGCAAGCAUUAUUGAGAGCUCAAGCACGUGCUCGUGCUGGCCGGGCCCAAAUUUCCGAGUCUUCACAAUCAAGCUGCAAAUCGUCUCACUUCCAUCAUCCGGAUCCAGCAACCCCUGAAAAAUUUGAACAUGUUAGUCGAUCCCAGGGUACAAAAUAUGAACAAUCAUCAAUGUUGAAGAGAAAUGGAUCAAAGUCAAGUGGAAGGACUGUUGAUAAUCAAGAGAAAUUACACUCAGGUUGGUAUCGCCGUGUUGAUGAGCAAACAUGGGUGCAUUCAACAAGAAUUGGUCCUAAUGAUGAUGAAAAAAAUGACAAAAUCCUUGAAGUUGACACUGGGAAACCAAAUUUCAUCUCUAAACGGAGAAACCUCUUUCAUUCAACACAUCUUUCUCUAAAUUCUGAUUUAUAUAGCUGUAGUUUCACUAAUUCGAGAGACUCACACCAAACAGCUCCUAGUCCUUCAUCUGGUGAAGUUCAGUCUUUAACUCCAUUGAUGCUAUCUCACUCUGAAGCAAUACAGGAAAGCCCUUUCUGCGAUGCUGUUGAUGAUAAUAGUCCACAAUUCUAUUCUGCAUCAUCAAAAGGAGCUAGUUCCAAGAGAAGCCCUUUCACUCCUGCUAAGAGUGAUGGCACUAGAAGCUACCUAAGUGGUUACUCAGACCAUCCAAAUUACAUGUCUUACACUGAAUCUUCAAAAGCUAAGGUAAGGUCUUUCAGUGCUCCAAAACAAAGGCCUCAUUAUGAAAGAUCGAGUUCAACAAAGAGGUACUCCAUUCAUGGUUUUGGUGAAUUGAAAUCAACUACACAAAGGUCUGCCAUGCAUGCAAACUUCGCCAGCAAAGCUUACCCCGGUUCGGGGAGGUUGGACAGGCUAGGAAUGCCCCUUGGGUAUAGAUACUAAAUAAUAGUUUCACCAUUGGGCUAAGGAAUGUUAUGUAGUUUAUGUUUAGAUGUUAACGAUGAUGACUCUCACCUACCCUAAUGUAUCCAUCCUUUAAUGUUUUAGUGCAUGUGAGUUCCCAAGUUAAAAAGAA